AUAUAAACCUCAUGGAGCAGGUUUCAGACGGUUGUCUUCCGGACUCCCGGAACAACACAGAACCGCCCACCGAAAUGCAUGUUUCUAUUAGUGUUCUAGAAACCUCGGAAAGUCGACCCGACUGCUGCGACCAGAUGAUUAUUUUGGUUGCGCGUUUCCAGCCAAUUUCAAACAAAAUUAACAGGCAAUGCUGAAAUGGCAGGAUUUUAAGUUCAGCACAUUUACCUUAUUUCGCUGUUGGUAGUCUCUCUCGGAGGGACAAAUAGCAAUGCAGGGUAACCUAAAGCGAGCAGGUCAAGCAAGUCGAUCCGAUGCCACAACAAUUACGCCACAUGUGGCACAGUUAUGGUUCAGGUUCAGGUUCAGAUUCGUCCCAAAAGCCAAAAGCACGUUCUCAACGAUGCCGUCUGUGCCAAGUCCAAGCUGAUGUCCCUUUUUCUUCCAGUGCAGGGCAAAUGUUCGGCUAGGAUUCCCUCGCCCGACAAAACUAUCGCUCUCUACGGCAGCAGAACAACGGAAUGUGCAUCAAUGCCUUCCUGGUUUGCUGAUAGAAUUUGCAUCAGAACUCGCAUUGGCCGGCCGAGGUGCUCCUGGACCUCGGUACCUUAUGCCAAGCGCCAGUCAAAAUGCGGAGAGAGUGCGGAGAAGCUGGCAUUAAUCCUGGGGAGGCUCAGUAUGGGGAGAUUGAACUUUCAUUCCGUCUCCGUGCCUCAGCUGCUUAUGUAGCUGUUGUAGGAUCAAUCCAGCCUGGUUGAACAGAUGCAGAUCUAUAUUCUAGAUUGACAUCUGAUAUUUGAUGUGAUACCAGCUUUCUUCUCAAUCAUCAAACCCACCUGCCAACCAUUUCUUCCAUUGUUGUCAUCCUGUUACCCUGAACCUAGUUCGAUUACACUAUUCUCUUGUCUAUUUUGCUUAGGUUUUGGAGUCGGUUGUACAUCGCGUGUUACGCGACCCAAACAACAAGCGCUUAUCUUCUUGGAGCAGUUAUCUGUCAGUGGUCGUAUAUCCCGACCAUUCGAGUUGCUGACAAAGACAUAGUUGGCCACCUUCUCUGUGUCACCCACCAUGCCUAUGCACAACGGGAUCCUGCCCCGGGAGGGCUUGUAUAUUGACCCCAUCGCCAAGCUGGUUGGCAAGACGGCUUUUAACCCGUGGCUGACGCUCCCCUUGGUGCUUGCUGGAAAGUACACCCAGAAGGGCAAGUUGAUAGCUGCCAUCUACAGCAAGGCCUUUUGGCGCGUCAAACUGCUGCUGUACCUUGGCCUUCUCCGCUCCAUCAACAACUACCUUUCUCGAAAGUCCAGCAACAACUGGAUCAGUGACAAGUAUGUCUGGUCCAAGGAGAUUGUGGUUGUGACCGGCGGUUCUGCGGGUAUUGGUGCCCACAUCGUGCAGUUCCUGGCCGAGCGUGGCAUUAAGGUGGUGGUUUUGGAUAUCCAACCUCUCAGCUUCAGCGCAACGUCAUCUGUAUACUAUUUCCAGGUCGACCUGACCUCACCUGCCAAAUUGGCCGCUGUUGCCGAUGAGAUCCGGGCCCGGGUCGGCAACCCGACCAUCCUGAUCAACAACGCAGGCGUGGCUCGCGGCAAGAGCAUCCUCAACUCCACGGAGCGCGACAUCCGCUUUACCUUUGACGUGAACGCCUUGGCUCCCUUCUGGACCGUCAAGGAGUUCCUGCCCGACAUGGUCAAGAAGAACCACGGCAUGGUGGUCAAUGUCAGCUCUUACGCUGCUUGGAUCACGUCGCCCGAGAUGGCCGACUACGCCGGAUCCAAAGCCGCCGUCAUGGCCCUGCACGAGGCCCUGUCCACCGAGCUCAAGGUCAGGUACAAGGCGCCGCGCGUCCGCACCGUCAUCGUGUACCCAGGCUUCACCAAAACGGCCCUAUUCACCGGCUACAACGCCACCCAGCCCUUCAUGCUCCCUCCGUUGGAGCCCGAGACCGUCGCCGAGGCCAUCGUCCGCCAGGUCCUGUCGGGCGAGAGCGGUGAGGUCAUCGCCCCGGGCAUGGGCAACACGCUCGGCGGCCUACGCGGGUACCCCAUGUGGUGGCAGAACAGGCUCCGCGAGAAGACCUCGGUCCUCAUGACAAACUUUCAGGGACGCCAGGUCGUCAAGGACCUCGACACGUUUUACGACGCCAAGUCGAAACCCUCCGAUGGAGAGGAGAGCACGGUCCUGGUAGAAUAGGUGCGUUACGAGACGUGCGAUGGUUGAAACAAGGCUGUAGCAAGUAUUCCUGAGGUAAAUACCAUGGCGGGAGUUUUUCUUUGUAGUUUAUUGAGGACUUGUUAAUUUGGUGUAUGUUGGGCCAGUUAUCGUGAUUCAAUGACGAAAGAACAAAAGCAUAAGCAAGAAAAAAAAACCCCUUUGUCACUAUAGAGGAGCAAGACGUGAAAUGGACGAUACUCGAGAGAUUUGGCCGAAUGUCUUUAUUGAG